UGAGUCACUCACUGUUGUGCAGCAUGCGCCAGGGGAUCUGUUUACAGUAUGGAAUUCAGAACUAAAUGUUUGCCAGCUAGAUAUCUUAUAACGUAUGUUAAGUCUAAACUGUGCGAAAUGUCUGCAGUUGUGCAUUUGGUGUGCACAUUUAGUAGCUAUCUAGCUAAGUGGUUAGCUUAUUCCAAAAUCAAGCAUUAGCUUGGUUGCAGCAGAGAAUCCCAUCCUGGACCAAGAGCCUUGCUGGCAAAUUUGUUUUGUGUGUGCAGCAAAAUUAAACAUGAAAUCUCCAAUGUGUCGAAAGCGCUCCACUGGGAUACUGUCCCGUGUUCAUGCCAAUGUUUUCCACAGUUGUCAAGUUGGCUGGAUGUCCUUUUGGUGGUGAACCAUUCUUGAUAGACACAGGAAACUACUGAAAAACCCAGCAGUGUUGCAGUUCUUGACACAAACCGGCGAGGCUAAAAUGGUGGACCGGCUGGCGAACAGCGAGGCCAACUCCAAGCGGAUCCAGGUAGUCGAGGGCUGCUUCGGCGCGGCGGGCCAGCCACUGGUCAUACCGGGCCGCGUACUCAUCGGUGAGGGUGUGCUCACCAAGCUGUGUCGCAAGAAGCCCAAGGCGCGCCAGUUCUUCCUGUUCAACGACAUCCUGGUGUACGGCAACAUUGUCAUCCAGAAGAAGAAGUACAACAAGCAGCACAUCAUCCCGCUGGAGAGCGUCACCAUCGACACGGUGGCUGACGAGGGCGACCUGCGGAAUGGCUGGCUCAUCAAGACACCCACCAAGUCCUUCGCUGUCUACGCCGCCACCGCUACUGAGAAGUCAGAGUGGAUGAGCCACAUCGGCAAGUGCGUGGGCGACCUGUUGGAGAAGAGUGGCAAGGCACCGACUGGCGAGCACGCCGCCGUCUGGAUACCAGACUCAGAGGCUACCCUCUGCAUGCGCUGCCAGAAGAUCAAGUUCACGCCCCUCAGCCGCCGCCACCACUGCCGCAAGUGCGGUUAUGUGGUUUGUGGCCCGUGCUCUGACAAGAAGUUCCUGCUGCCCAGCCAGUCAUCCAAGCCGGUGCGUGUGUGUGAGUUCUGUUACCUGCAGCUGGCCUCUGCAGGAGGGGGGAUGGGCUUAGGCCCACGCUCGGACUCCUACAGCCGGUCAGGGUCAAAGUUCAACAACGUGUCGGACGACGAAGAUGAGGAGGACAGCAGUGACUGAGGAAGGCCUACCUGACAGCCUUCCAUCUUUCCCCUUUUAGUAAUCAAUUAGCAAUAUUCCACUAAUAAUUACUUUUUUUUUAUCCCUCCACAGCUUAAAAAUAGCGUAGGAAGAUUAAUUCAUUGGACAGCAGUGUUUUGAAGAAACAUUCUCUUUUUUCUUGCUGAAAUAAAUGUUUUUUAACGAUAAUAUAGUGAAAUGCCUGAUGGGAAUUGUAGUAAGUUCGGUUAAAAAUAUCCCACACACUAUUUGUAGUAUGGCUGCUUCCUGUAUGGCAUGCUCCAUAGUACAUCCUCUUUGUUCUCCAUUAAACAGUGGACCUCACUACAGGAGUGAAUGAUGCUAGGAGUAAUGUAGCACCUCUCAUUGUCCUCUCUGCUAAUGUCAUCCUUGCUUCUAUUACAUUCUUGAUUUAAUUUCCCCUUAUUAUUUUUUAUUUUUUUAUUUUUACCAAUGAACCUUAAGAGGUGUGUUUACAUGCCUCAAUGCUGAUAUUUCUGCGGGGAGAAGUGAUUAGCAUUCAGUCACACUUUACAUAGUCUUACCUACCCCUUUAAAUAUUUCUGGUAAAAUACCUGUAGGUGCUUUUUUUUCUCGGUUUUUAAACUGCUUCAGUAUUUUCUAACAUAAAUAACCCCUCCUUAACUAACCUCUCAAAUGAUUACAGUAUCAAAGCCAGAAACGUGAACAGUCUGAUAUGUUGUCUUUUGUAGUUAGUUGCUUAUGACAAAUCGGCUAAAGCUUUACAAUUGUAUGGUGAAGCUCCUCUAGGUGUGUGUCUUAGCAUAGAGUGGUGGCCAACUUUCAGUUUUGAAGUUUUUCUCCACAGCUUAACUUGUAAUGGCAUGUAUUUGAAAUGCACAUAGUCAAUCAUCCCAAAAAUGUACCUCACACAGACCUUAAUUUUCACACAGUGCCUUUUGAGAAAGUGAGUUGUCUGGGCAGGACUGUUUUAAUGAGAUAUUGCAUCAGACCCUAGUACUGUAACUUCUGUUUUGAGGCUGUGUUCUGUCGGUAUAACCCUAAGUUGAAUAAUGGCUGUAGGGAGAAGUUUGUGUGAUCAUUGUGUGUGUAGAUGCACUAGAAAGCUUUACUUCUGAUAUUUUUUACUAAAUCAGAGAAGAAAACAUGCACCUAAAAAUACAGUCAUGCUUUAUAAGGUACUGUCCAGUGUUGGAGAUGGGUUUUGGUUCAUCUAGAGUAUUUGGCAAGUUUCUGGCUGGAGUCUCCACUGAGUGCCUCAAGAGUGCUGUGAGAGCAGAAACUUGACCUGUGAUGAUCAGGAAAUCAGCCCAUUGUCUUACUUUGGUCUCCUCAGUAUGUGACUGCUUCCUAACCUGCCCUCACAGUUCCAGGGUAUCCUGGAAGAAACCUGUCAGAAAAUAAAGCUGAACUGAACUUGCCUGACCACAGAGAACGGGAUAUCAUUGCAUAACGUACAGGAAGUGUCUACCAUCAACUUCUCUCAGAGGAACCGAGACCAUCCCUGCCCCCUUCUGUCCCUCUUCCAACUGAGCUUCCCUAUAAGGUAUGGCCAGUCUGUGUCAGCUGACGCUGACAUGUGAAAGGCUUGUUGGAGGACCAACAAUGACCUACCCGCAACCACCAUCACUUUUUCACGCUGUGAAGCGAACGCGAAAUGCACUAACCAUUUCAGGUUUUACACUCUGGGCCAGACAGAUCUAAUUCACUUUGUCUAGGCAUAGUUUAUUGUCCUGUGUUUCCAUGGGAAUCUUUUCUCUUUUUUAAAGCAACUUGUUUUUACACUUAAGCAGUCAGGCUCACGGGUGGCAUAGACUUGGAACUAAUUUGCAGUCUUUCAGAGUAAAAUGGAACGUUUAUCCUGAGAAGUGUGUGUUUCAGAGUGACGGAACUGGUAAAAGGGAUCAUUUCUUUCCUUUUAUUUUUUUAGCUUCUCUAAGAAGUAACUGUAGAACCCUAUACAAGUCCAUCUCUUUGGCAAGCAAUAAGACGUCAUACAGUACUUUGAUGUAAAUCUCCUACCCCAUUGUCUCUGAUUAUCAGGUUGUAUUGUUGAAGAAGCAGAUGCUCAAAAUACUACAUCACUCACUCUAUUGAAGGUUUAUCAUUAUACUCACUUAAGCAAGUUGUGCUGUUGAUCCUACUUAUAGAUAUUGGGCACAUCUAUAUUAACGCAAAUCCUACCAUAAUCUGUAGUUUCCUUAACACGUUUGUUUUUCUUCUUUCACCUCACUUAAUGAAUAUUUUGAAAUGACUGUUUUAAUCCUGUUUGAUUUUGUAUAUUUGUAUAGUAUUUGGGAUUUGUUUUGUACAGUAUACUAUGCAGUUAUACAAAUGCCGCUGUUUCAGGUCUCUUGUGCUCGUCUCGUCUUCAUGUAUGGACCGGAUUAAACACCAGCACUUUACUCUUUCUCUGGAGAGAGGUCGUAAACAAGAGCUACAGUGCCCCUGUGACCGUAGACUGACAGGACUGGAUUUCCUGUAUGAUAUCACCUCAGGAGAGUGAGAGGGGGGACCUACACAACCUGAGAUUUAACAUUGUACACCCAUUAAGCAAAAAUGAUGUCUGAACACAGAACUGAGGGAACAAUGUGAGAUUUCUGAAAGAGAGCAUACCAUACUGUUUUGAGUUCGUUUUCUUUGCCUGAUUAUCUGGUGUGGUUUGUUAAACACUCAAGUCUCAUGGAAUUGAAGUUCUCUCGAUUGCUAUCGGGUGACGUUUUUGUCUUCUCUCAGAUUUUGAUUUUGAUUUAAAUUCUUGUUUAAAACAUCUUUAAUAAAGGGCUUAAACCUGAAUGUAAUACAGCAUAUCAUCGUUAGAUACUAAUUUUCUCAAUUGAAAUAUAUAUGUAUAAAAUAACAUAUUGCCUAAAA